GCUUACCUGUGUCAGUGUUGAACAUCUGCUACACUGUUGUGAAUGCAGUUCAGUGUCGCAUUUGAGGCGAAAUUGGAGUAUGAUUUGAGACGGAUAUGCCUAAAAGUAGGAUUUGGGCUGCCAGGGUGAUUAGUGCCGUUUACUCACCAUCCCAGAUGUAAGAGAACCAUGAAAGCUGUGAAGAUAUCAUAGGUGAUGAAGGCAUAGGAGAUCAUCCUGGUGAUACUGAAGCAGAAUCCUUGAAACUCAAGCCCAAAAUCAAAAUGAUAAAAUUUAUGAAACACCAGAAGAAUUCAAAAUCAGCGGCUGCACUCAACCCUGAAACUCCAAUAGACGUGGACUUUAAGACCAUUGAAGGCAUAGCAGAUUCCCCUGGAGAUCCUAAAAUGGAAUGUCAGAAACACAAGCACAAAAUCAAAAUAUCAGACAAAAUGAAAAUUCUGGACUUCAUGAAACGCCAGAUGAAUUUAAAAUCUGCACCUACUCUCACCCCUGAAACUCAAUCAGUAGAUAUGGAUUUUAACGGAAACCUUGAACAGAACCGUCUGGCUGAAGCACAACAGCAACUGGUGGCAGCUGAGGAACACCUCUUUGGUUCAAAUGAAGUGGCCAGGGCAGAGGAUGAGGAGGACAAGCUGCUAACGAACUAUGAAAUAUUCAUGAUUCGACUGAGGAUGGCCAUCUAUGACUCCUUCAAUAAGGAAAACAAUGAGACACUCAAGAGUGCUUUGACUUCCAUACUUCAGGAGGAGGCACAGGACAGACGCUGGGAUGAAGUGGCUGUGGAGCAACGUCCAAUAUGGAGGCCCACGAAGUGCAGAGAAUUGCAUGACACACUACUCCAGGCUGUUGUUGAGGAACGAAUGAAGAAUGCAGAUGAACAGGAGAACGGGGCAGACAAGCUUUCUACCUCUUUGAAGAGAGAAGUGUGUCGGAUUGGCAAGCAAGUACAAAAAGACCUGCUCAGAGUGGUCAGAGAGCUGAGAGAAUGUUACCCACCAGACUUUGACAUUUGUAGGAUGUAUUCUCAGCUCUACCAUCAAGCCUUCUCCAACAGACUCCAAGAGCUAGCAAAAUCGAGUAUUGAUUUUGAGGAUUGCUUGUAUAUAUUGAGUUGGAUUGUCGAUUACUACCCAAGAGAUGUGUUGAAGCACAAAGAAUUGAAGGAACAUAUCAAAAAUUCAUCACUUGGACCUUUGUUACCUGAAGAACAUCUUAAGACAUUAGAGGAACAGUACUUUUCAUACAAAGAGCAUGAGGUCACAAAGUGGUUGUCUAAUGCUCUUGAGAAAGAAGUGAUCAAAUGGAUUGAUGGCACAGAACCAGAACUCAUGGAUGGAUGCUACUUCAGCAACCUUGCUGUAGAUGUUAUACCACUUGUUGAUGUAACUGUGAGAGAGGUCAAGUCAAUUCUUGGCUGUGAAAGUAAAGCCCAGAAUAUUCUAUGCCAGCUGGACAACUUUCUAAUAAGGUAUAUGAAAAGUCUGGAGGAACUGCUCAAAACAAAACAAGAAAACAUUCCUAAUACUCUCAGUGCUAAUCUGGUUAGCAUUCACCAGUUUAGGUAUUAUGUACAAAGAGCUGAAAAUAAUUUCUCAGAGGAGACUAGAACAGCUUGCCUGUCCACAUUAUCAGACCUAAAAUCAUUUUGUCACAAAUAUUUCCUCAGUCGAAUUCACACAGAUCUGAAGCCAAUAUACCAUAAACUGUGGACUCAAGUCUGGUUUACUGGUCACCAUGAAGUUGUGGAGGAGCUGGUGAAGGCGCUUGAGAAUAACACUGAUCAUUUUAAAGAGAUGAAACCUGAAUGCCUGGAGGAACUACUGGAUGAGCUGCAUAAAGAUGUAAUGGUUGAGUAUGUGAGGCGAAUGAUGAAGCGAAAACUGAAACUGAAAGACAAAGAGCAGCAAGAGGCAGCUGCCAAGUUCAUCUGCCAAGACAGCAGUAAAAUCUGCUCUGUGUUUACCAAAGUGGGAUCCAAACAGGAGUGGCUCUCUCAAAUUCUCCCCAGAUUAGCUGAGAUUUUGAGACUGCAGGACCCCGGGAGCCUGCAGAUUGAGAUAGUUACACUGGAAAGAGUCUAUCCUGACCUUAGUGAACAGCAUGUUCUUGCUGUCUUGAACCUGAAGACCAACCUAUCAAGUUCAGAUUUGCGCAGGAUCAAAGGGUGUUUGAGAGAGCAUAGGGGUAUGCUAGACACUGAGUCUUCCCCUUCCUUCUUUUCCAAAGUACUUGUCAAACGGAAAAUCUUAUAAGUGCCCUGUUGGUCAAUAGCUAAUGUUGCUUAUAUAAAUGUGAUGUACACAGUGAUAAGUAAUGUGUUGAAUUGUUAAGUAGUAUUUAUUAUUGAGAAAAUUAAUGGAUUUUAUUCUGUCACAGUCUUACACAUUUCUCAUUGCUAAAACGCUUAAUUUAGCAAACAAUGUAAUAUAACUACACAAUGAAGUACUGCAUUCUGUUUAGGUAAUGCAUUUAUUAAAAGAAAAAACUGAUAUAAAAAACUAUAGACAUGCA